UAUUUUCAUCUCCUUAGCUCAUAAUAGAGGAGAGUUUUGCAUACACAGGUUCACGCACAGAACAGAGCGAAAGCUGCAUUUAGAUGCUAGCGUCACACUUCACAAUAGUCUUGCUGGGAAAGUAUAUACUAUAGCAUUCGCUGUGGAACUGUAUUAAUCGUACGGAAAUCGAGAGGAGAUCUUACCUGCUUGAAGAUUCAGACUGAGAGGCGGAAAGAAUAUGACGGAUAACUACACGCAAAAGCCUGUUAGCAGCCAGCCUGGAAUGCCUGGGGAAUGGAUGCCGAUGCCUCAAGUCCAGAGCUCGCCAAACUGCCCUCCUGGACUGGAAUAUUUGGCCCAGAUAGACCAGCUUUUAGUCCACCAGCAGAUUGAGAUUUUGGAAGUACUUACUGGCAUUGAGAUGCAGAAUAAAUACCAGAUCAAAAAUUCACUUGGACAGCAGAUCUACUUUGCUUAUGAAGAGUCUGGGUGCAUGCAUCGUAUCUGCUGCGGGCCUCAUCGUGGAUUCGUCCUACACAUUACUGAUAAUUCACAGCAGGAGGUAAUGAGGGUUGUGCGUAACUUCAAGUGUUGCGCAGGAUGCUGCUGGUGUGCUGACUGUGCCGAAUGCGGUUUUGAGAUCCAGGUCGAGGCUCCACCUGGCAACAUUGUGGGAUAUGCAAAACAGAGACAAUAUUUCUGGAAGCCUGAACUUGAUGUGCAGAAUGCUGAGAAGGACACCAUACUGAAGAUACGUGGCCCAUGCUGUCUCUUCUGCACAAUGGAAGACAUUGACUACAAGGUCAUGACCCCUGACCUCAAGACCGAGGUUGGUUUGAUUACCAAGCAAUGGGGCGGAUGCUUCAGAGAGUGCAUCACCAAGGCUGACAAUUUCUCAAUCACAUUUCCUCAGGAUCUUGAUGUGAAAGCCAAGGCGACCUUGUUAGCGACCAAUAUUCUUAUUGAAUUCAUGAUUUAUGAGCAGCAGAAAAACAACAACAACAGCUAAAGUACACCCCUUUGUACGAAAACUGCUGAGUUGCUGGUAAGCUGCCUCGUCACAGAACACAAUAUUUUGAGAUGUUCACUAUUUUCACAAUAUAGUUGUACGGCUGAUAAGUAUUCAAUUUUUGUGUCGAAAGCUUUCAUUGAUCUGUGUCUGUAUUCAAAAUGGAUUUUUGUUUUGUUUUGCUGUUACUUUGACAAGAUGCAACUUCACCUUAAUGAAAACUACCCCUACAUUCAGAGUAUGGGCCCAACUUCAUUGUAUACGUAUAGCUAUAUGAUAAGUAAUUCAAUUUUUCUAGUGUGAACAUUUCUAGUGUGAACAUCGUAUCAGGAAACAUUGUAUAAUGAAUGAAAACUUGAUAAAGACUUGUCUAGUCUAAACAUCGUAUCAUACUAAAAUCUAGUAAGUGGGCGGAGCUUGUCGUGAGCGAGCACUGAUGAUUGGCUAGCUGUCAUGUCAAUUGUUAUUAUUUGAUCAUCAUUACAAUGAAAAGAUUUCAUAUUUUUUGUAAUUUGUGAUAAAAUGGUGUUCUUUUUAUUAUAUGUUAUACUUGUUGCUGAUUUUAGUAAGGCUGUACUUUUUUAACUGUAAUAUCAAAAUGUUUACGUUUUCAGGUUACCAGUAUCAAACAAGAUUGAAUCAUUCUUGUGAAGAGAAGGUUGAGUCGUGGAAAGGGUGAAAAAUAAUUUGUGAGCUUUCCUCAAUCUUUGUAUCGUAUUUUAACUAACACAACUUGUAAAUUAGUGCUAGUUUUACCACCGAAGGUUCAUAUCGUCUCUUUGGAGCCAGGAGGACAUUAACUCCUUUCAUUUUACACAGAGUUAACACCCUUCUGGCUCCAAACAGAUGAUAUAAAUGUGCCCCUAGACAAGCACAUGACUACCUCAAGGGGCAAUAUUAUAGGGACUAAGUGCCUUGCAUUUGUAAUGCAGGGGUCUAUUUUCAGGUUAUAACUGUUUGCUAUUUUAUUUUCAUGUGAGGCUGUACCAGUGCUUUUGCAACAAGGCUGGAGAAACUAUGUGUAAUAUAAUUCAUCUAGGACUUCUAUUUUAUCGAAAUGAUACUAGAAAUAGCGAACAACCAAAGAGCAUUGUUUUCAUGUGUUAUUUCAUAGUUGGUGUCUAAUUAUCGUGUAAUGCUUGUAAACAGAAGAAGCUCAUAGCUUGAGUGUUAAAGUUUAUAAAUGGAAACUGAUCUGUUGUGUAUUAUAAUUCAACCUUUCAGGUGUCUGAUGACUUCUAAGAUAUUAAUUACUGUAUUAUGUCUAUUUUGAGAUGUAGAUUACUUUGAGUCAAUCAUCACAAGUCUUUACGAGACAGUUCCUGUGCCGGUAUCUGUUUCUAGUUUUAAUAAUAGAAAAACAAUUUCAAGUGUUUCGUUGCACGAAUGCAUACCGGUAUGUUUCAGGACAUUUCUCAGACUCAAUGAUCUGAAACAUUUGGCAGAAACUGCCCUGACAAAUGCAUAGUAGCACAAGUGAUUGUCAUUUAUGUUUUAACGUAGCUUUUGAAUAACGCAAAUGUUACAGGAAGUAUAUCGUAUGUGUGUGUUUAUUCACAAAAAUGCAAUGUGUCUUUCUUUGAAAUUUUUAAAUUGUAAAUUUGACUUUUAUUGAUGUUACAUUAUAGUGUAUUGCAACAGAUGUUUAUAUUUAAUAUUGUAAAUAUUUCACAAGAAUUACUCUAAUUGUUGUUUUAACACUUUGCUUUCACGUUUUACAAUAUUCUAUAGUUUAAAGGUUUAAGUUUUAUGAAUAAUCAACUUCAGCUAAACUGGUAUUGUGGCACUUGGUUUAUAAUUACAUUUCCCUAUGUACACUCUUGACUGACAACAUGUGAGGAAUAUUAGCAAUAAUUUACUGUACUCUGUGUACAGUAAUGAGUUGAUGCCCUUCUGGGUCCAAACAGAUGCUAUGUCAGGGCACUGGUCUGUCAAUUGCCCAAUUCUUUACAAAGUAGUAUGUGAUUGCUGUAGGAUAGUGAGGUUUCACACAAAACUAUGUAUGCCUAUGGUACUUAUUAUCUUAUUUUAUGCAACUAUAUUAAGAGUAUGGAGCUAUUUACUGAAACACUUUGUCUUUGUAAUUUUGAGGCUGUAUAGUAAGAUUUAUUGUUUGGAAAUAUAUAGUUUAUUAAAACCAAA